AUGUCAAAACGAAAGCGUUCUUGGGAGUCUUCCACUAUCUCAAGCCAGGGGCAAACAGCAGAGAUCGCAUUGACUGGCUACGAGGGACACAACUUUAGUGGCAGUUCCAUAACCAAUCACUGCGUAAACCCUUCGGAAGCUAUCCAGAAUCUCAGCGGCGAGGAAAUUCUUCCUUACGAAGCAUCAUCCAUCGACCAACGGUUACAUGAAGCCUCAGCAGCAGGGCCCCCCAUCGAUGCUUCAUGGAAGCCAGAUAGUGUUACGCCAGCUGUGCGCAACGACUCUGAAGCCUUUCCAAGCAUCACUAGGAAGAUCACAGCAUGCGACGUCUGCAGGAAGCAGAAAGUAGGGACAUCUCUCUAA